ACUCUCCAGGUGCAAAGCUCUUGAAGAUGGUGCCCUCUCACCAGCUGGAUCCAGAGGACACAGACACGGCAUCAGAGGAUGGGGAUGAGCCUGAGCUGCUCCCACUUCCCCUCACAAGUGUCUUUCAGGAGACCUACAAAAACCUGCCAAAGGACGAGCUCGAGAACAUCCUCAUCUCUGUCUAUGAUUGUCUUAUGAUCAGCAAGGUAGAGGCAGACUUUUUAGAGCGCAGCACACGGAAGCAGUCGCGGUCGGAAGCAUGGCACUUACACAGGAGGGGGCGCAUUACUGCAUCAAAUUUCAGUAGAGUGCAUACUCUGCAGGGAAGCUCUAGCCCAACUCACCUGAUCACAGAUGUGAUGGGUUAUGCCACACACACUAACAUCGGUGGCCAGGUGCCUCCACAAAUUUUGUGGGGCAUUGAAAAGGAGCCAGUUGCAAGGCAAAGCUUCGUUGCCACAGAGGCACCAAAGCACACCGACUUUAGUGUUGCAAAGGCGGGACUCGUAGUUAAUCCACAGUGGCCGUACCUGGGAGCUAGCCCAGAUGGGAUAGUCAGCUGUGCAUGUUGCCCCCAGGCUACGCUCGAGAUCAAGUGCUCGUACAAAUACAGACACGUGCAUCUAAGCACAGUGAAGGACAAAGAUUUUUAUCUUGACGCAGACAUGACACUCAAGGAAAACCAUGCACAUUAUUUCCAGUUACAAGGCCAGAUGGCUCUCCCUGGGCUUCAGAUGGGAUAUUUUGUAGUGUGGACGGAGUGCUCUCUGGUGACCAUAAGGAUACAAAGAGAUGAGCAGCUGUGGGAGGAGCUUCUGACAAAGCUGGAAUCCUUUUUCUUAAGACACAUUCUGCCCGAGCUGGUCACGCGGCGGCUAGAUCCAGAUGGCGGACGUUCUGCUGUGGCAGUGUACUGCACUUGUAAGAAGCCAGAGAAGGGUCGCAUGAUAGCAUGUGACUCGGACACAUGCACAACUAUCUGAUACCAUUACACGUGUGUAAAUCUGAAAAGAAAACCAUCAAAGAAGUGGUAUUGCAUGAGCUGCAAAUAAGUGUACUAUGUUGGAAAUUGCCAGCAGGGAAAUAAUGUCCAGUUUUGAAGGACAUUGAUUAGCUUUUUGUGCUAGGUAUCUUUUCCUACUACAGAAGAAUUGUCACUGCACCAGUUUUUCAAUCUGGAGGCCCCUUUUAGCCACCAUUAACUAGCAACUCUCACUUCUCACUGCAUGUUCCAAUUCUUUUGCAAUAUUCUCUUCUGUCAGUUACGCAUUCUGCUCUUUGUGUGUUCAUGUGAAUAAAAAAGUUGUUUAUUGCUGUUUG